GGGGGAGGGGCGUCCCGUCGGCAGCACAGACAGCAGGCAGCAGCUGCAGCGAGAAGAGCCGCUAUCUCCUCUCUGCGCAAAAACACACAUUCUAAACAUUUAGGCCCAAACAUACACAAUCAUUUAACAUUAACGCUUUUAAAAUGGUUGACCGCGAGCAACUGGUACAAAAAGCCAGACUGGCCGAGCAGGCUGAGAGGUAUGACGAUAUGGCAGCUGCCAUGAAGGCGGUGACAGAGCUGAACGAGGCAUUAUCUAAUGAGGAGAGGAACCUGCUCUCUGUGGCGUACAAAAAUGUGGUGGGGGCGAGGCGUUCGUCCUGGCGCGUCAUCUCCAGCAUCGAACAGAAGACAACGGCUGAUGGUAACGAGAAGAAGAUAGAGAUGGUUCGUGCUUACAGGGAAAAGAUCGAAAAGGAGCUGGAGGCCGUUUGCCAAGAUGUGCUCAACCUCCUUGACAACUUCCUUAUCAAAAACUGCAAUGAAACUCAGCACGAGAGCAAAGUGUUCUACCUAAAGAUGAAAGGUGAUUACUACCGCUACCUGGCUGAGGUUGCCACUGGGGAGAAGAGGGGCAGUGUGGUGGAGUCCUCUGAGAAGUCCUACAAUGAGGCUCAUGAGAUCAGCAAGGAACAUAUGCAGCCCACUCACCCCAUCCGCCUGGGGCUGGCUCUCAACUACUCUGUCUUCUACUAUGAAAUCCAGAACGCCCCUGAACAGGCGUGUCUUCUGGCCAAGACCGCGUUCGAUGAUGCCAUUGCUGAGUUGGAUACUCUGAACGAGGACUCCUACAAAGACUCCACUCUGAUCAUGCAGCUGCUACGAGACAACUUAACGCUGUGGACAAGUGACCAGCAGGACGACGAGGGAGAAGGAAACAAUUAAGUCCAAAGUCCAUUCUGCCAAACAACACAACAUGCGCGCUCACAAAUGAUGACAAAAUAAUAAUAGUUUUAAAAAGUUGUUAGAAAUUAAAAAGCGGGGAUGAUGAAACUUCAGCUAAUGAUAAAGCUGGUCAAUGGUACUAAAAAGGCUGCAAUUCUUAUUUAUCUUCGUUUGAUUUUGUUUUUUCCCCACAAGCAAAUAAAGUUGAAGGGGAGGGGGGUGUACGUUUUAGAGGCUACACAAAGUAGAAUGAACCACCUGUAUUUGAUAGUUUCUGCAGCAUUUGCUAAAACAUAGAUUACAGUAUAAGGUUUGACCUUGGUCUCAAUGUGACCAUACUGUAAGUAAAGGUACAGCCACAGAGGCAGUGACAGGGUUUAUGGUGCAAAUGAAGCCGAGCUAUCUUAUUUGUUUAAGAAGGAUCAUCCAGAAUUUGAGUUAUGCUUUGCAACAACAAAAUUCAAGUAAUCUUGAAUGUCACGGCCUUGCUUACUGAAACAAGAGUACAUGUGAACGAAUCACAGUGGUGAACCAAGAGGUGUCAGACUUUAUUGUGAAACUAGCUGUACCAAUGAUGCAUCUUCAAAUUUAACUAUUGUUGUUUGAAGCAGGUUAUCUUUGGUAUGAAAGGUAACAGUCAAGUUAUGUCAGUCCUGUUUGCUUUGUGUCCAGUAUAUGUCCAGUUCAGUCACACUCAAACUGUAACUUAAAUACAAGUUCAUGGAGUAAACUUAGUGCAGCUUGUCCCUCUCAUGUGCUGAUGUGCUUUAUUAAAUAAAUUAACCUUUUUUGGACACC